AAUUCGAUUCCACCCUUUUGAAUGUUUCUUUCCAUUUCCUAUAUCUGUCUCCUCACCUCCGAUUCUCGGCGGGCUCUGCGUCUCUGGACCGAACAAACUGGAGGAAACUCAAACGGUGUUAGCAGGGAAGCAAAUGAUCUCUCUAGUUCAAGCAGCAACAGCAAGUUCUCAUCAAUAUCAAUUCCUCGGAGUGAGGAUGAAAUUUUGCAGUCCUCAAAUCUAAAGAGCUUUAGUUUUUCGGAACUUAAACUCGCCACGAGGAAUUUCCGCCCUGAUAGCUUGUUAGGGGAAGGCGGGUUCGGCUCGGUUUUUAAAGGCUGGAUCGAUGAACAUUCGUUUUCAGCUGCCAAGCCAGGAUCUGGCAUGGUUGUGGCAGUGAAAAGGUUGAAUGUAGAUGGCCACCAAGGCCACAAGGAGUGGCUAGCUGAAGUCAAUUUUCUGGGACAACUCCGCCAUCCGCAUUUAGUGAAGCUGAUCGGCUAUUGUUUCGAAGAUGAACAUCGGUUGCUCGUGUAUGAGUUUCUUCCCCGAGGCAGUUUGGAGAAUCAUUUGUUUAAACGAGGGCUGUAUUUUCAACCGCUUUCUUGGAGCCUUCGUUUGAAAAUCGCGCUCGGUGCUGCGAAGGGACUGGCUUUCCUUCACAAUGAUGAAAACAAAGUGAUCUACCGUGAUUUCAAGACAUCGAACAUACUCCUCGACACGAACUAUAAUGCGAAGCUCUCUGAUUUCGGGCUGGCCAAGGAUGGUCCUACGGGCGACAAAAGCCAUGUCUCGACUCGAGUUAUGGGGACGUAUGGAUAUGCAGCCCCCGAGUAUCUAGCCACAGGUCAUCUUAGUGCAAAGAGUGAUCUGUAUAGUUUUGGCGUUGUUUUAUUGGAGAUGUUAUCUGGUCGAAGAGCUAUCGACAAAAACCGACCACCGGGAGAACAGAAUUUGGUCGAGUGGGCGAAACCAUUACUUGCUAAUAAACGCAAGACCUAUCGGUUGCUUGACACUCGCAUCGAACGGAAUUACUCCAUGGAAUCAGCUUUUCGAGUAGCAAUUCUUGCAUCACGUUGCCUAUCUGCCGAACCGAAGUUCAGGCCGAGUAUGGACGAAAUUGUUACGACGUUGAACGAUCUCCAGGAUUCCAAAGGAACUGGAGCUACUGGGAGUAGAAGGUCCAGGAGCUGCAAGCAAAACACAGAGAAGGGCAAUGCACACAAGGAAGUCACUGCUUAUCCUAGACCAUCAGCAUCACCUCUCUUUACGUAAGUUCGGGUCUCCGAAAGCAUAUCGAAAACCCGUCGAGGUGAUCGGAAACGGAGGAUGGAAGAAUCCGAGGUUUUAUACAUCCUCGAGCGAUUGUAUAGUGUUCUUAUUUCCACUAAUGCAUAAUUACAUUGCUGCUGUGAUGGGUAUAGCUAUAUUGUGCUUCAGUUUUGUAAUGUUUUUCUUCAUAUUUUUGUUCAGAUUUGUGUCUGGUAAGAUCUGUGUUAUUGAGUCUGUUUGUUAUGCUCUCGUCUUUAUCAUGAGUUACAAUAUGCGUCGGGUCGGGUUAGUAUCUCAUUUUACUCCCGACAAAGAAAGAUUGAGAAAUCGUCAAAGAUGAGUUCUUUGUUAGCAAAA